AUGCCGAAAAAGCUGCGUAUAGUUUUGGAUUGUGCGGCCAAACACAAGGGGAAAUCGUUGAAUGACAUGCUCUAUCAAGGUUCAGACACCACUGCGACUUUAGUGGGUAUACUUUUGCGAUUCCGUAAGGAACGUGUAGCUGUUACAGCUGGCAUAGAAGAGAUGUUUAUACAAGUGAAGGUGCCAAAAAAUGCUAGAGGCGCUUUGAGGUUUCUCUGCUGGGUAUUACCCCAGACUGCCGAGUUUUGCCCUUUUCAUUCCAGAUUCGGUUGGCUUGGGCCUGCUGAAGGCUUGGGGUUUACACCUACAAUGGACAAUUUGGCUCCGGCAAUGGCUGUUGGGCGCGGUUGUAACCACCGUUUAGACUACAUGCGUCCGCAUUCCGGACCAGGUUGA